AUGGCGGCGACCUCAUUCUACCAACACUCCCCCGGACUCAAACUCAAGCAUGUCCUCUUCGCUCUCGCUCCCCCGAAUCCUCGCCUUCGCGUUUCGGCCGUUUCGACACCGCCCAAGGCCCGUUUCGUCGCCCGGCGUACCGAGUCCGUCCCGGUCCCGCAGCUCCAACGGCCCCUAAGUGAAUAUAUGAGCUUGCCGGCGAGUCAGUACUCGGUGUUGGACGCGGAGAGGAUAGAGAGAGUGGACGACAACACGUUCAGGUGCUAUGUGUAUAGGUUCAAGUUCUUUGCUUUCGAGGUCUGCCCUGUUCUUCUCGUUAAAGUCGAAGAGCAGCCCAAUGGUUGUUGCAUUAAGCUCUUGUCCUGCAAGCUUGACGGGUCCCCGAUUGUGGUUGCGCAGAAUGACAAGUUUGACGCUUAUAUGGUGAACCAAAUAUCGUGUGGAAGCAAUGACAGCAGUUCUUCACUGCAACAACUCAGUUCAGAUACUGUCAUUGAGGUCAGCAUUGAGAUUCCUUUUGCAUUUCGUGCCAUUCCAGUGCAAGCUAUUGAAUCAUCUGGGACACAAGUCCUUGAACAAAUACUUAAAAUUAUGCUUCCUCGAUUUUUAGCGCAGCUUGUGAAGGACUAUCAAGCAUGGGCAUCUGGUGAUAGAUCAAGACAGCCUCUUGGAACUGGCGAGAUAUGACUGCAGAGGAUAGUGCUUGCUGCUUGUGAUUCUUUGCUUUUUUGUUUUUAUUUUUAUUCACAAUGAGCUUACCAAAAACAGGAUUCAUAUGCGGUAGUGUACAGAGGGUCGGUAGUAGACUUGAGGUGUGUUUUAAUAGCUCUAGAAUUUCAUUAAGGUCAGUAGCAUACUGAGGGUCAGAAUUUCAUUAAAGUUAUUUCUAGCAUUCAUAUGUUCAAAUCCAGGUUGGAGCUGAUGAUGCCGUAGACAAUCAAUCGCGUUGUAAUCUAUUUGUUGGUGGUGGUGGGUUGUCACUGUUUCUUUUGGUACUCGGCCAGUUAGCCAGUAGAGCUGCAAGUCUAAUUUGUUGCUUGUUUAGUGACUACUUCUGAAUACGAUUAUACGAAGGAACAGUCAUUUUUUUAGACCAUAGAUGUUCUAGGGUCUAACAUAUGUUU